CAGCAGAAUGCAGUGUGGUAGUCACUAAAGCCCAAAAAUAUACCAGGAAAAUACUUGUGCCAGUACAUAACAUCGUUUGGACUUGUGAAUCAGGGAAUAUCUCCAGGAAAUUUGAAUAUUCUGUAAAAGCUCAUCUUUCAAAUACUAUCACUGAAAAAGGUAAAGUUCAAUAUGAAGGCUGUGCUUCUGGUCAUUUGCCUCUUCAGCUUAACCUAUGCAUCACCACUUUACAGGAGGAAACGUUCAUCAGACAGCUCAGAAGAACAAGUGCAUCACAGGAAGAUCGCCCCCUACAGGUACAGACAGUGGAAUCCCUAUUACUCCUAUUACAGGCCACAACCACCACCUCAAAGGCAACAAAAAUUGCAGUUCCAUACGAGCAGUGAAGAAAGCCUUGAUGACAGUGACAGCACACACUCAAAUGUUCAGCAGAAAUGGAUACCUGCUCAACAUCAGAAAAACACAAAACCUCUAGUAAAGGUGCAGCCUGUUCAAAAGAACAAGAUAACAACACAAUUAGAGGAAAGCAAGAAACCUGACGUGAAGAUACAGCCUGUACAGCAGAAACUUCAGAGUGUUUCUCAAGAAACUCAAGAGAAAACACAGUUUCAAGAAAACUUUAAACAGGGAACUUUUAUAGACAAAAAUGAAGGCAUUGCAAUUGAGGAGCAGUUAAACCAGAAUGACUGCAUAAUUGUUGGGAUAAAACCAGGAAAAGACUGCGGCAGCAAAAGUGACUCAGCUGAUUCAGAUGAAGACGAUGACAGUGAAGACAGCGAUUCUGAGGACACUGAAUCGGAUGAAUCACAUACAGAAACUACUCCAUCACCAACUGAGCCUGCUACUACUGUAGAUGACUUCACCACAAUGUUCACCACGAGUGAUAACUCAGGCCGUGGAGACAAUGACUAUGUUCAAAACCAAAUAUACUCUAAGAAAUGGGGAUACGAAAAGUCUGUGGAACCAAAAUCCUUAAGAUUACCUAAAAGUAAAACAGUCGACCAGCCCCCACAAGAUAUGAACACAGUUUUAAAAGAUAAACUUGCAUACAAUGAAGCAAUAGAAGAUGGUUCUAGCCCACCAGAAGUAGAAAACCAGUUAGACUGGACUACAGAGAGUCCACAGAGUGAUGUGGUGACCACGGACAGCAGCAGUAGCCAACAGUAUUCAAACAGCACAGAGGACGACAGUCAGGCUGAAGACCAGAGUCAACAGACUGAGGAAGAAGAAGAGAAUGAUGAUGACAGUACUGAGGAAACCAGCAAUGAAGAAAAUGAGGAAGAAGAGGAAAACCAUGUCAGCAGCGACAGCAGUAAUCAAGAGCCUGCAGCACUCCAUCAAGAAGCGGUAGCUGAUGACACAAGCAGCAACCAAACCACAGAAAGUUACCAGGAUUCAAAAAACAGCAGCAACCAGGAGGACAGCGAGAGCCAGGAUCUGAGCUCUAUGAAAUAGCCACCGAAUUCCUUAGGGUUGGCAGACAGGUGUAAAACAUUGUAUACUGAAUUUGUUUUAAUGUGCGUAUACGGACUGCUAUCAUUCUGAACUAUAAAUUAAUUAAUAGGCACAAUUCACUAGUAACACAACACUUGUGCUACUAUUGAUUUUACUGUGUAUAACUGCAUUUAUGAAACAUUUUGUAUACCCCUUUUACUGUAAAUCUAGAAUUGAGAUGUUUUCUAAGGAUUCAACUAAGGACAUAACAAGCAGAAAUGAAGUAUGAAAUAUUUUAUCCCAACUGUAACACUUUACAUAAAACAAAUUGUGUGAGUUUUCUCUAUAAUUCAUAAUGUUUUUAUUUUCUGAAAGGUACCCUGAUUGAAACUCUAUAUUAUUUUGUUAUAUUUUAAUGAAAAUCAAAAUAAAUGAAAUAAAUCUAA